GCUGACCUUAACCAAUGAGCUCGCACGCCGGGGCGCGCUGGGGGACGUUCUCUGACGUCGCUGCUACGCACGCUUUAUCAGGCGUCUUCCCGCGCGGCAGCCUCUCUGUUCUCCUGGUUCUUUAGAGAUCGCCAUCUCUACAGCCUUUUUGACUUUUAAUUUCCAGGACUUGCAUUCUGCCAUGUCUUCUGAAGAGGGGAAGCUCUUUGUGGGAGGGCUCAACUUCAACACCGAUGAGCAGGCACUUGAAGACCACUUCAGCAGCUUUGGGCCUAUCUCUGAGGUGGUUGUUGUCAAGGACCGGGAGACACAAAGAUCCCGGGGUUUUGGCUUCAUCACCUUCACCAACCCACAGCAUGCUUCAGACGCCAUGAGAGCCAUGAAUGGAGAGUCUCUGGAUGGGCGCCAGAUCCGCGUGGACCAUGCAGGCAAGUCGGCCCGCGGAACCAGAGGAGGUGCCUUUGGGGCCCAUGGGCGUGGUCGCAGCUACUCCAGGGGUGGUGGAGACCAGGGCUAUGGAAGUGGACGAUACGACAGUCGGCCUGGAGGAUAUGGCUAUGGAUAUGGACGGUCUAGAGACUACAGUGGCAGAAGCCAGGGUGGCUAUGACCGCUAUUCAGGAGGAAAUUACAGAGACAAUUAUGACAACUAAGAUGGGACACGCACACAUAAUGUAGAUACACAAGGAAUAACACUUCUGAUCCAGGAUCGUCCUUCCAAAUUGCUGUAUUUAUAAAGAUUUUUGGAGCUGCGCUGAAACAUCUGUUUUAGUACAUCAAGUUCUAUUUUUGAAUUGAGCUCCCAAAGUAGUUUGUUAAAGACCUUUUAGAAAGCUCCAUGUGUUCUUUAGGCAUUUUUUUUUUUU